GAGCAUUUGAUGACAAUGGCUGCAGCAUCAGAUUGUGCGGUAACGGCAAAAACUAAAUGCGUUAAAAAGGUUUCUAAACCACUGAUGGAGAAGAAAAGAAGGGCACGUAUCAAUAAAUGUUUGAAUCAACUGAAAAGCCUCCUGGAAAGCGUCUGUUCCAACAAUAUCCGCAAGCGAAAACUGGAAAAGGCUGACAUUUUGGAAAUGACGGUGAAACAUCUGAGGCAUCUGCAAAACAGCGAAAGAGGAAUGGCCAAAGUUUGGGACUCUGCUGAAUAUCACGCUGGCUACAGAAGUUGUCUCGCCUCUGUCAGUCAUUAUCUUCUUGCGUCAGACACAGACAGGGAUUCCCGUUUCACUAUGCUGACACAUCUUAAGAGCGGUCCUCACCACGCCAGAGUUCAUGAUUUCAGUACUGCGGAAAGCGACCCCGCACCGAUCCUUGCACCAACAAGUACACCUCGGCGAUCACAUAGGCCUAAGGUUUCGCUUAAAACAGAAGCUUCUUAUCCCAACGUGCAGCAAACAUCAGACAGAAAUUAUUGCUUUAUGCCGAAGAGGACUGAGAUUUGUGAUAUGGACAAACAAUCAUUCGACGCACAGGUUGGGACGUCUGGAUUCAAGAAGCUCAAAACCAUGCACUUCAGUUUAAAAAAUACAAAGAUUGAUGAGUGCUGCAUUUUGAAACAUAAUUAUUGGCGGCCUUGGUAA